AUGCCGUCCCUCCACGACACGCGCCUCCUCGCCAACCUCCUCAAGACGGAGAAGGAUGCGGCCACGGCCUUCAAGCACUACGCCCACACGGCCGCGACGGCCGGCUCGGCCCUCUCGGCGUGGAGCGUCGCCGACAGCGCCGACACGCCCGACCUCAUGGACGCCGCCAUCCGCAUCUCGCAGCUCAUCGCCACCUGCUCCGACUCGCAGCGCCUGUACCUCCAGGCCCUGUCGGCCUACCGCGCCGCCCUCAAGGAGGUCCUCGCCCGCGAGCAGGCCCUCCGCACCGUCCUGCGCGACCGCGAGAUCCUCGUCAACCGCCUCAUCAAGAUCGGCAACAAGAAGGUCAAGGACGGCCAGGAGGCCGACCACCAGCACAAGCUCGACGACGCCCAGCGAGAGCUUCAAGCCUGCGAGACGUUCUUGCAGGAGGAGGAGAUCGCCCUCGCGACCGCCAAACGCCGCUCGUUCCGCCACGGCCUCCAGCAGCGCAUGCAGUCGAUGGUCGAGCUGUCGCGCGUCAUGGAGGAGUGCGCCGCCGAGGCGGUCGCCAUCCUCGCCCAGCUGCCCUCGCCCGACGGCGACGACGACGCCGAGCACUACGACGCGACGGCCGCACACGCCUACGACGUCGCGUCCGACAUGGGCGACUCGAUCGCGCCGAGCCAGAGCGCGUCGCAGGCCAUGAGCCGCGCCAGCUCGUCGUCGUCGCUCAACGACGAGUACCACGCCAACGCGCCGCCGAUCCCGAACAACCUGCGCAUCGACCCGUUGCCGGCCCGUGCGGCCUCUCCGCCGCCGCGCUCGCCCGUCGUGCGCGCCAAGUCGCCCCUGCGCAGCCCGGUCAACGCGCCGCAGCCCGUCAUGCCCGCCGUCCCGAGCGCGCCGCCGCCCAUCUCGAGCAAGGUCUACGUCGAGCGCCACGCCGGCAUGCCCACGUUCGACAUCCCCAAGGCGCCCGACCUGAGCCGCCGCCCGGACGACUCGGACUCGGAAUCGGACUACGGCGAGCCCGCCGCGCCGGCCGCCAUGCGCAGCAGCCACUACCCGCUCGACUCGCCGCCGCUCCGCCAGCAGGCCUCGUCGAUGCGCCUGCGCCGCCGCGCCAUGAGCGACACGAGCUCGGUCAACGAGAGCACCGCCGGCGGCGGCCGCAAGCGUCGCGGCAGCUUCUUCGGCGGCAUCGCGAGCCUCUUCUCGCGCAACAAGGGCCGCCGCGACCGCGAGCCGAGCGGCGGGUCGGCGCCGCCCGAGUUCGACUACGGCAGCGCCCGCAGCCGGCUCGCCGGCACGGGCGCCAACGGCGGCGGUGCGGCGGCGGCCGAGUCGCGCAACGACGCCGUCCUGCGCUCGGUCCUGAACGCGGGCAAGCUCCCGGCCCGUCGCCGUGGCGGCGAUGACGGCGGCGACUCGUCGGACGAGGAGCGGCGCCCGACGACCCGCCACGUCAACGACCCGAAGGAGCGCUACAAGGCGUUCAGCGACGUCGGCCGCUCGUCGUCGCCGGCUCGCCCGGUCGCGACCCGGAGCCACGUCGCCGCGUCCGAGAUCGGCACGUCGUCGCGCCCCAAGCUGCAGCGCAAGGGCACGAGCGCGAGCACGAGCACGGCGCGCCCGCACGCCGCCACCACCGCUACCGCCGCCGCCGCCACGGCCGAGCCCAACGGCAGCGGCCUUGGCGUCGAGCGCAAGAAGACGCGCAAGGUUAAGAAGGCGGCGAGCGACAUCGGGCCGGCGUCGGCUAUGCCGCAGGGCUGGUCGACCGGCGGGCCCUUGUCCCGGUCGACGGGCGCCGGCGCCACCUCGCUCGAGGUCCCUCGUGCGCCCGGCCGAGGCGACGGCAUCGACGCGCUCGCGAGCGGCGCGACGCUCCCGCCGCCGCCGCCCAUCCCGCAGCAGCAGCCGGCGUUCGCGCCGCGCUCGAGCGGCACGCCGUCGUCGCCCGCCGAGACGGGGUCGCUGCGCCGCAAGAAGACCAAGAAGGUCGCGCCGUCGGGCGGCGUCACGCAGCCGAGCGAGACCGUCAUCCUGUCGGCCGAGGCGCUCGGGAUCCCGACCUCGAGCACGCCGGCGAGCUCGGGCGCAGCAGCGGCAACGAGCAACGGCGCACCCGUCCACCGCCCCGAGCUCAGCAGGAGCAACACGGCGAGCACGACGGCGACGGCGGCGACGGUCGAGCGCCGCAAGAAGAAGAAGCUCGCCAAGCCGGCGCCGCCUCUCGCGAGCGGCCCGCCGCCUGCGCUCGCCGCACCGCUCCCGACCUCGGACGACCUCGCCGCCACCCUCCCCAAGUCGGUCUCGGGCACGUCGGCGCUCAACGCGCAGCUCCCUCGCCCGGACGACCAGCCGCCGACGACCGCGCUCUCGAGUCGCCCGCAGUCGGCCGCCGCGCCUGUCGCUCGUCCCGCAUGGAUGAACAAGGACGACUCGGACAAGCCCGUCAAGGCGCUCGUCGACAAGGAGAAGAAGUCGAAGCGCAUGUCGUCGCUCCACGGCGUCACCAACGAGACGUGGGUGUCGAACCCGGGCGUCGGCGCGCCGGCCACUCGGGCCCCGCCUCGUCGCGCCGAGGGCCACGUCGGCGAGGAGAGCCUCCUCACGGUCGUCGACCGCGCCGAGGGCAACGAGCGCACGUCGCGCUCGUACGGCACCACGCCGCUCGCGACGCAGGGCCUCGCGCCCGCUUCGGCGGCGACGGCGGGCCUUCCCUCGCCCUCGGGCGCCCUGAGCGCAGCUCUGCCGUCGGCCCCUCCUGCCCAGAGCCACCAGCCGUCGUCGCAGGCCGUCCUCCCGCGCCCGCCGACGCUCGACGUCCCGGCCUCGCAGCUCACCAAGCGCAAGUCGGUGCGCCUCGCCGAGGCGGCCGACCCGAGCCCGCCGCUCUCGUCGGCGACCAUGACGCCGUCGCUCAGCAUGCGCUCGUCGUCGUCGACGGCCGCACCGCGUCACGGCAUCCUCAUCCAGCGCGAGGCGUCGCCCGCACCGGGCUCGGUCGCCGCGUCCCUGAGCGAGCGCGCUGCGUCGCCCUCUCGCGCCGACGGCUCGGCGCAGUCGAACGGCGGCGGUGGUGGCGGCGGCGGCAUCGCCGGCGCGUGGCCGACGCGAGCGAGCAUCCGGGCCGCCAUGGACGACUCGUCCGACUCGGACGAGGAGGGCCGCAGGGCGUACCGCCAGGCGAGGAAGAUGCUCGGGCGCGGCACCAAGGAGAUGGACGACGCCAUGGCGGGCAGGAAGGCGCCGACGAGCGAGGAGAAGGGCAAGUCGAGGGCGGUCGACGCAUGAGCGGGCGAGUCGAGGAGGGUCAGGUCUUGUAGCAAAACCUCUCGUGCGCUCGCUCGCAGCAGUCGAGCGAGCUAAUUCUAUACUCAGAUAUCAUCCUCUCGU